UGGAUCGCCGCGCUCGUCGCCGCGGUCUGCAUGCACGUAUCGUCCGGCCAAGACACGGCUGUCGCUUCGUCUGCAGCGUUUGGCGAUCUCGAAGCCAUGUCGUUUGCCCCGCCCACACCGUCCGAGCAACAGAAGAACCAAAUGGAUGUGCUUGUCAUCGUCGGCAAGGUGACCGCAACGUCGGCCCGGGUGUUGUACGAGCCGCUCGUAAGCGACGAGUCGUCGAUCACAGUAUCGUUGGUGCUGCAAAAGAGCGCCCAGGAUCAUGUUCUCGUCAAGGCAUUCACCCAUCUCCAGCACCAAUCGUUCCCGUACGUCGCUGCCUAUGACGACCUCGUGCCCAAUUCGGUCUACUUUGUCCACGUUCAAGUGGGCUCAGCGCCAUCCGCCGUCUACACCGCGGUUGGCCGCUUUCGCACGCCGCCACGCUCCAUCGCCAGUGAGAAAUUGAUGCUGCUAACGUUCUCGUGUGACCGCUUCGUCGACGAUGCCGACGAUAGCCACUGGCUUUCCUUGGCUGAGGAGGUACGCGACCCUGCAUACUAUGGCUCCGUGCACAUGGGAGACCAAAUUUACGCCGACAGCAUCCUCCGCACGCUCCAAGACGCCACGUACGACGUCAUCGUGAACGCAUUCCGAGCGAUGUAUCGGCGUGGCUUCGGGCGGCUGCUCGCUCAGCGAGUCCUUCGCCAUGGCGCGCACUAUAUGCAAAUGGACGACCACGAUGUGAUCAACAACUGGAGCCGCGACACGUGGAUCAAGCACAACGUGUUUGUCCGGGCUGGGCUCCAGGUGUUCUACGAGUACCAGUACCAGUUGCUUCAAGAUUGGUCGGACCUGCCGUCGUGCCGAUCGGCGACCAAGGAAGAGCUGUACAGGCCAAUGCACCAUCAGGUCUCGCUGGGUGCCAACGAGCUGCAGCUCGUCUUUGCCGACACCCGGCUCGAGCGCGGGCUCAUCCUCUCGCCCAAGGAACUCAUGAGCAAGACACAGUUGAAAUACCUGCAAGACGCCUGGUCAACCAACGCGACCCAGGCGGUUCUGUUCACGCCGGUCCCGCUUUUCUUUCACACGCAGUCCAGCGCUGCGUUUGCCGAAUAUGUCGACGGCGACUUGUACCCAGGACACAAGCACUUUACGUCCACCGUCCAAGCAUUGUGGGACCAGCUCCCGUCGACGGCGCUCCAGUUGGUUGCAGGAGACCUCCACAUGGGCCACCAGUCCACGAUAUCCGACUCAACCAAGCGUGUUCCCCAGCUCAUUGCAAGCGGAAUGACCAAGGACUCCACGGCCAUGGCCGAUCGUCGACUCGUGCUGUUUUACUAUGUCAUCACGCAGUGGGCGCAAAAGGUAGCAUGUGCGUGGUCAAAGAUGGCUGUCGCGGGAGGCCAGUCCGAGGGAUACUGCAUGCAGUCGGCGCCGCCCCACUACGGCCAGAACUAUGGAAAACUGACGUGGGAUCGCGGCGAGUGGACGGCCGAGAUUGUGACCAAGCCGUACGACGAUGUCCCCGAAACGAUGCUCCAGGCUCUCUUGACGUGGGCAUUGGGUUUUCGGGCAGUGACGUCGGUAAUGGUCAUCGUGGUGCUGCGGUCGGCGUUUGGGUCGUUCUGGGGGCUCUAGCGCCAUACGCAUCGAUAGCCUGCUGAGUGUGAAGGCCAUGGGUCCAUCGAACGCGGUGGCAUCUCACAACAAGAACAGGUUGCUCCAUACACAACUUUAAAUGUUAUGAACACGGUCUGUGGGUGGAGUGUGGCAA